UAAAAUCAAGCCAUCAUUUAACAACCCCCGUUCUCCACAAAUGGGCUCAGAAGUGGAAAAAAGCCAAAGGCAGAAAUCCACCAAGCCCCUAAAUAGCUUUUGUUCAAGCUGGCAACAGGGUAGCUUUUUCAAUGUAGAUUUUCCCUUAGCAUCUCUUUCUUCAUCCGUCUCUCACUGAAACUAAUCCUUAUGUCAACCGCCAUAAGUUUUUUUUUCUUCUAUUUUUUUUUAAAUUCGUUUUAAAAAAAGUUAAAUGCCUUGGCACGCAGCAACUACAGUUCCACCAUCGAUAUUUCUAGAAAACGUUUCCCAGCCACGGAGAUAGCAAGAUGGGGAGGCUUUUUUUUUUUUUGCGGCUCAGUGGAUAGUUUCCAACACGCGUGAAAUAAAACUCAAAGUGCGUCUAAUUAAGCGGAGAGUUGGCUUUGAGAGGCGCCGCCGCGGUUCCAGGUAGCGAAGCGCGUCCAGGCUGGUCCAGCAGGGGGCGCGGGAGGGUCGAUCAGGGCGGACUGGCCAGCCCCUUCCAGGCGGCGGGGGCUGCCUUGGCUCGGGAUGGGGCGGUCUGGAGCUACGAGAAAGUGACAAGCCAGGAGGCUGAGGAGCGAGGGAGGCCAGCGAAGGCAGCCUCCCGCCCGCCCAGAGGAGAGUUUCACAGCCCGCCCUUGGACAGAGCGGCGCGGAGAAGAGGGAGAAGACGGGCAAGCAAAAGCCCGUUCCAGGCCAGCGGGCUCGGGAUUCCUGGAUGUUGGAGUAGCGAGGAGGGACUAGGAGCCGGCUCAGGAAUGCAGCGUCGGCUCUGUCCGGGCAGCUGGAAAAGGAGCACUUUCCUGCUCCAGCUGCUCCUGUGGCUGCACACCCGGAGCCUGGCCGAACCCGCCGCGCCAGGAACAAAUGUGUCAGCCACUGCUGAUUUAAUGCCUACAUCAAAUUGGAACAUGUCAAAUGAAGUAGAUAAAGAUUAUUUCUUAACGCUGGAUGAGCCAAUGAACAAUAUCACCACUACUCUGGGUCAGACUGCAGAACUGCAUUGUAGGGUUUCUGGUAAUCCUUCUCCGACGGUGCGUUGGUUGAAAAACGAUGCUCCUGUUGUGCAGGAACCCAGGAGGAUAUCCUUUCGUGCCACAAGUUAUGGGUCCCGAUUACGAAUAAGAAACCUUGAUACCACAGACACUGGUUACUUUCAGUGUGUGGCGACAAAUGGCAGGAAAACAGUCUCUACAACUGGGGUGUUAUUUGUGAAAUUUGGUCCUCCUCCAACAGCAAGCCCAGGAACAUCGGAUGAAUAUGAAGAGGAUGGAUUUUGUCAGCCAUACCGGGGAAUUGCAUGUGCAAGAUUUAUUGGAAAUCGAACCAUUUAUAUGGAAUCUCUGCAUAUGCAAGGAGAAAUAGAAAAUCAAAUUACAGCUGCCUUCACAAUGAUUGGAACGUCCAGUCACUUAUCGGAUAAAUGUUCACAGUUUGCUAUUCCAUCUCUGUGCCAUUAUGCAUUCCCGUAUUGUGAUGAGACUUCUUCCGUUGCAAAACCACGAGAUCUGUGCCGGGACGAGUGUGAGAUUCUGGAAAAUGUGCUUUGCCAAACUGAAUACAUAUUUGCAAGAUCCAAUCCUAUGAUUUUGAUGCGGUUGAAGCUGCCGAAUUGCGAAGAUCUUCCCCAGCCUGAUAGCCCUGAGGCUAUCAACUGUAUCCGUAUUGGCAUCCCUAUGGCAGAUCCAAUCAAUAAAAAUCACAAAUGUUUCAACAGCACAGGAGUGGAUUAUCGGGGGACCAUCAGUGUAACCAAAUCUGGGCGACAGUGCCAGCCGUGGAACUCCCAGUAUCCGCACACCCACACAUUCACUGCUGUCAGGUACCCAGAGCUGAAUGGAGGCCAUUCCUACUGCCGAAACCCGGGCAAUCAGAAAGAGGCACCCUGGUGCUUCACCUUAGACGAAAAUCUCAAGUCAGAACUUUGUGACAUCCCUCUCUGUGAUCCAAAGGACUCCAAGGAAAAGAAUAAAAUGGAAAUCCUUUAUAUAUUGGUGCCCAGCGUUACAAUUCCUCUGGCUAUUGCCUUACUGUUUUUCUUCAUCUGUAUUUGCCGGAAUAACCAAAAGUCAUCUUCUCCACCCGUGCAAAGACAACCUAAGCACGUCAGAGGACAGAAUGUAGAGAUGUCUAUGCUCAAUUCAUAUAAGCCAAAGAGCAAAGCCAAAGAGCUGCCCCUUUCUGCCGUCCGAUUUAUGGAAGAAUUGGGCGAAUGUGCUUUUGGAAAAAUCUACAAGGGACAUCUUUAUUUGCCAGGAAUGGACCACGCUCAGCUGGUUGCAAUAAAGACCCUUAAGGACUGUAAUAAUCCACAGCAGUGGGCAGAAUUCCAGCAAGAAGCCUCGCUGAUGGCAGAAUUACAUCACCCAAACAUUGUCUGCCUUCUUGGGAUUGUGACACAGGAGCAACCAGUCUGCAUGCUUUUUGAAUAUAUGAACCAAGGAGACCUCCAUGAAUUUCUUAUUAUGCGAUCUCCACAUUCAGAUGUGGGAUGUAGCAGUGAUGAGGAUGGUACGGUAAAAUCCAGUUUGGACCAUGCUGAUUUUCUGCACAUAGCUGUCCAGAUUGCAGCAGGAAUGGAAUACUUGUCAAGUCAUUUUUUUGUCCACAAGGAUCUGGCUGCUCGCAAUAUUUUAAUUGGAGAACAGCUCCAUGUGAAGAUUUCUGAUUUGGGACUGUCAAGAGAGAUCUAUUCAGCCGAUUAUUACAGAGUUCAAAAUAAAUCCCUCCUGCCCAUUCGUUGGAUGCCACCAGAGGCAAUUUUAUAUGGAAAAUUCUCCUCCGAUUCAGACAUCUGGUCCUUUGGUAUUGUCUUGUGGGAGAUUUUUAGUUUUGGUCUUCAGCCCUAUUAUGGAUUUAGUAACCAAGAAGUCAUUGAGAUGGUCAGGAAACGACAGCUUUUACCAUGCUCUGAAGACUGCCCUCCCAGAAUGUACAGCCUGAUGUCAGAAUGCUGGCAUGAGCUGCCGUCUAGGAGACCAAAAUUCAAAGAUAUCCAUGCUAGACUGCGCUCUUGGGAAGGGAUAUCAAGUCAUACUAGCUCUACUACUCCUUCUGGUGGAAAUGCUACCACUCAAACUACAUCUCUCAGCGCAAGCCCAGUUAGCAACCUAAGCAAUCCCAGGUACCCUAACUACAUAUUUCCAGCACAAGGUAUGCCACAGGGCCAAAUAACUGGAUUUCUUGGCCCACCAAUACCACAAAACCAGCGAUAUAUUCCUAUUAAUGGAUAUCCGAUACCUCCUGGAUAUGCUGCUUUUCCAGCUGCCCACUAUCAACCUGCAGGUCCACCAAGGGUCAUUCAGCACUGUCCUCCACCCAAGAGUCGUUCACCAAGCAGUGCAAGUGGAUCAACCAGCACCGGUCAUGUGACUAGCUUGCCUUCUUCAGGAUCCAAUCAGGAUGCCAAUAUUCCCUUGCUGUCUCAUAUGUCAGUGCCAAAUCAUCCAAGUGGGAUUAGUAUAACUGUUUUUGGAAACAAAACUCAAAAACCCUACAAAAUUGACUCCAAACAACCAUCUUUAGAUUCUAGUAUUCAUGGGCAUAAUGAAACUGUGAUUUCAGCAGAGAUGUAAUAAAUAAGGGAGGCAUUUGUAAAUGGAUCUUUUUACAAUAUGAACUAGAGGGUUUUAGAGAUUUAUAUUCAAAUAUUUUAUUGGAGAUUUUUUUUUCCAGCUGUAUAAAGAGGUGUUUGCAAUAAGUAUCUUCUGUGAAGUUCUUAACAGGAAGUGCCAUUCAAAUUUUUAAAAAUGUACUAAUACUCAACACUGUGGCUGCAAAAUUAUUUUACAAAUAGUAAAGGGCAAAAGUAUUUCUAUGUUUUUUAAGAAACAUAUUUAAUCAUGGUUUUUUUUAAAGUGAAAUGUUUUCUGUCUCAGCAGUCUGACUAUUCGGAACACAUGGUGAUGAAAUGUUAGGAAAAUUAAUUAUACUUCUGUUGGAUGAAAAUUUCACUAUUGGUCUCAUGCUGUAUCCAAAUGCAUAUUCCAUUGAUUCAGAGCAGAGUUUCUCAACCUCAGCUGCUCUCAGAAUUUCCCAGCCAGCAUAUCGACACAUCUUAAAACUUGCUGAGAUUGAGAAAAGUCGAGCCAGACUACAACCAAGCAUACUGCUGAAUUCAUACAGUACACUAAACUAGUUUAGUGGAAUGUUUCUUGACUAAGCCACAGUUGCCUGACUUCACACAAAAUAUUAAGGCAUAAGCUAGGAUUUACAAAUCACAAGCUAAAGUUCAAAAAUACUUCACAUGCUUACUUGGUGUGUUGUCUGAACUAAGCCAUUGGCAGAGUUCACAUUGUGAUAAACCAUAAUGGGUUUGUUAUUUUUGGUAUAGACACUGAGGUUUCUAAAUGCCAAGGCUUAGCAUUGUGUGUGAUUUAGAUCACUGUAGCUUGUUUAGCAAAUUAAACUAGCAGUGUUCGAAAGCUGACACUGACUAGCUUAAAUGUACUAAAUCAUAAUGUGGUUUGUCUGGUUGGGCUUUCAAAUAGUCCUUGAGUUACAACCACUCAUUCAAUAACCAUUCAAAGGGGACUUACAACGAAUCCUUGGAGUUCUGGCCAUUGCAGCACCCAUCCAAUCACAGGAGUGAAAUUUCCAAUAUUCCCUGCCACCUUCCCCGCAAGCAAAGUCAGUGGGGAAGCCAGCAGGAAGUCAGAAGUUGCCGUCAUGUGAAGCUCUCACUUAAUGACCCACAUGAUUCUCACUUAACAAUGGCAGCUUGGACUGUCACUAAGUGAUGCAGUCACAUGACAUCAUGCUUUAUGACCACCUCACUUAAUAAUGGCAAUUUCAGUCCCCAUUGCUGUUGUAACCCAAGGACAACCUAUAUGCUGCAUUUGAAUCCAGGUACUAUAUUGUGUAAAUCAUGUUUUUAAUAUUGGGUUGUGAGUCCAGAAAAUUGGACCUUUUUCAGCAGAUCAUGAUUAAUGAAAUCAUGACUUAGGACAACAGCUAAAUCGGGCCAAUGACGUAUUAUUUUUAUCCCAUGCUUUGAUACUUAUAGGACCUUCAUCUGAUUUGUGAUUUUUUUUCUAAAUUAAAAGGAUAUGCAAUAUCACACAUUUAUUCAAUUAUGCUUAGUCCAUGCUAAUGUGUUUUUAGAGGAGUUUUUUUCUCAGCAACUUAUAGUCACUGGUUUGUGAAUUUUGGAUAUACGAUCUGUGAACCUAGUCAUUCCGUUUUACCCUUGUUAGAUAAACUAUUUUCAAAAAACAGUCUCUAGUGAUAAAUCUACAACCGCGUAUAAAACUCAAAAUGAAUAAUUUUGUAUUAAGGAAUACGUUAAUAGCAGAAUAAAGCCAGGAAGACAUUUUUUAAAAAAAACCUUCAUGAAACCACAUACAUUAAUGAACGAAAAAUAUAUUUCUUAAUUUUAUAUCUGUAGUUGCAAUAGAACUUUGUAUCCUUUUGUUGCUAUGCAACCCUUUAAUUAAAUAUUUCAGUCCUUAUUUUAUAAUAAACAGACAAUCAAUUUUCCCAGUAAUAUUUAUUAUUUCAAUUAAAUCAGUAGCUUUUCUAGUAUUAUCCCUGAAAUUCUACAUUCCAUUAGAUGUACACAAUAAUUUUCUAGAAAUUGCCUAUAAUUUUUGUAUGUUAUAUCAAAUAAUGUGAAUUAGAAUUUUUACUAGAAAAUAUGGCCUUUGUGUUAUUGAAAUUUAUUCAGAUAUAAUCUAUUCUAUCUGAAUCAUUUGAAACCACUGUAAAAUUGUAUAAAUUACAGCUUUUCAGAAGUUUUUAAAAUUUAAACAGAUUUGGAAUGGAUUAUGUACACAAUCUUUCAGACACUUGACGUAAUUUUCUUCUUUUUGCACAGAAAUGUUUUUGUAUAGCAGAAUUGAAAAUACAUCUUGUUUUCCAUUUUUGGGGGUUUAUUUCUCUUUUUCAUUAGUGAAGAUUUCUUGAAAUAUAGAGUGAUUUUGAGGAACCAUUUUGAUUUUAUUUGGUUAUUUUCACUGCAUGCAUUUAUUUACUGUAUUACUUUAUAGAUUGCACUAAAGCAUGAAUGUGUAAUAAGAUAUGGCUAUUUUAUACAGACGUUAAUUGCAUUUUUGUAUCUUGGACACUAGAGUAAUAUUAAACACUGAUUAUUUUAAACCACUGGUUUUGAAAA